UAUUUUGCUUUAACUUUAUACCCAACAAAUAGUCGGUGCACAAAAAAUUGACAAUUGGACCAACUAGAACUGUCAGAAUUCUUCUUUUCCUUUGCUUUGUGUUCUUCUACUUUGCUGAGUCUGCUUGUUGACGUCGAUUUUCCGUGAAAAUUUGUUGGCUGCUGUAAUAAAUUAUAAUUUACAAACGCAUUUAAUAUUAAACAUUUGCAUUAUUUUUUAUACUAUAUAAUUGAAGAGUUUAGCGUUUAGGCACGAGUUUACACACAAAAUUAUACAAUGUGGAGAAGAAAGCUACUAAUAACAUUGAAGCUGUUACUGCUCAUGGCAAUAUUUGCCGCAGCAACGCAAGUAACUUCAGAUGCUGGAAAAACUAUUAAAAGGCUAACACCGGGCGCCAACACUGCACGCGAGCAACGUCCCUUAUUGGCCAACUCCAAAAUAAAAGUGCACAUCGAAUGUGACGGAAGGGGACAAGUCUUGGACGUAAAGAUUGACUGGCAAUUGUAUGAGCUGCAAUGUUGGGCGGACAAGCACAUGUACGAGGAACGCAUAACCGAUUUAGAUGAAAUUUUGCUUACGCAAAAUAAAACCGAAUUUGGUUUCAUCACAAUGGAUUCAAAAAUUACCGAAUGUUCAAUGCAUCCAAUUUUGUUGUCGGAAAAGCAAUGGCCGGUACAUGAAACGACAGCAGAAACAGCUGCUUUGACCACGGUCAAGAAAGCGAAUAAUACCAAAAAACAUCCGACAGCGCCCUUAGACAAAAACAUAAUCACCAUUGGGCGAGAUGGCAUUUAUGAGCUGAUACUGAAAAUUGAGCCUGUCAAGAACUCAGAUACUGUAGAUUUUUUCGCGUAUGUAGAACUGGAUAUUGUUGGACCUGAUGGCGGUUAUCUUUCUGCGAUUGAUCAUCCACUCUUGGCGUUCUAUGGCAUAAUGUGCGUGGUGUAUGUCAUCUUCGGCAUUAUCUGGCUCUUUGUGUCGUUUAUGCAAUGGCGCGAUCUCUUGCGCAUACAAUUCUGGAUUGGUGGCGUCAUAUUGUUGGGCAUGUUGGAGAAAGCCUUCUUCUAUGCCGAGUACUACAGUCUGAAUGCGAACGGUGUAUCGGUUAAGGGCGCCGAAUUGAUGGCGGAAUUUGUUUCGUGCGCCAAACGCACAUUGGCACGCAUGCUGGUGAUCAUUAUGAGUCUGGGUUUCGGUAUUGUCAAACCGCGUUUGGGUCCAAUGCUGCAUCGCGUGGUUGGCGUUGGCACGCUGUACUUUGUCUUGGCUUGCGUGGAGAGUUACUUGCGUGUGACUAGCACGAAAACCGAUGAACAGUUGGUGGCGGCCAUACCGUUGGCUGUGCUGGACACAGGCAUCUGCUGGUGGAUAUUCACUUCGCUGGUGCAGACCACCAGAACGUUGCGCUUGAGAAGAAAUAUGGUGAAACUAUCGUUAUACAGACACUUCACCAACACACUCAUAUUCUCGGUGCUUGCAUCAGUGCUGUUCAUGUUGUAUGCACUGCAUUUACGCAAAACACAAAACUGUACACCAUUCUGGCGCAAUAUUUGGUUUGACACCGCUUUCUGGCAUGUCUUGUUUUCGGUAUUAUUGCUGGUUAUUAUGAUUUUGUGGCGUCCCACAAAUAAUAAUCAACGCUAUGCAUUUACGCCGCUGCUCGAUGCGCCCGACGAUGAGGAUGAUGAUGAGGAAGAUCAAUUCGUCGCCGAUGCGUAUGGUGUAAAGAUGCGCAGUUCGCAUGCAAAUGGUGGCACCAAGACGCCACCAAAUGCCCAACGCGGCACCACAACCGAAGAGGAUGAUCUCCGCUGGGUGGAGGAGAACAUACCGUCUUCAAUGGGCGAUCCCGCGUUGCCGGUUUUAGAUUCCGAUGAAGAAAUCAUAAAUACGAAAUUCGAAGUUUCGAAAAUGCAAUAAAGCUAGACUGUGUAGUGAGAGUAUAGUAAGAGAGAGAGAGAGAGAGCGAAAUAAAAAAGAAACCAAAACAUAUAAAAUUAUUUACAUAUAAGUACAUACUAACAAAAAAAAAUAUAAAAAAAAACACACACACAUGCAAACACAUAAGAAGUGAGAAGUGGAAGAUGAAAAAUGUUAAUUUGUGAUUUCCAGUAUAAUUUGCUUGCUUAUAUACUUUAAUAUAUACAUAUAUAUAUAUAUCAAUUAUCACAUAUGCAUUGUAAAUGCUACAUUAUUUGCUUUGUUUAAAUGUUGAUUUAACGUUCAUAUUUUAUUAUUUGCGCGAAAAUGUAAUUUUUGUUGAAUUUAAGUAAAAUUAUAAGCAGCUAAAAUAUGUAUUAGUUAUGCACAAAUUAAAUAAUUAAAAUUUAUAUAUAUUUAAUAAUUAUAAAUUAAAUAAUAAUAAGUUGCUUUUUUCACAAUUUUUUUCUUUUCUCUUUGUUUUUUGUUUUUUUUGUUUUUUUUUUAUUUAUUUUUAUUUAUUUUUUUAUUUUUUUUCUUCCUUGUUUUUUUUUGUUUUUUAUUUAAUUUGCUUUUUUAAUUUUUUUAAUUUUUUUUUUACGUUAGUAUCCUCUGCACACAUUUAAAGUAUUUUUUGGAAAUGGUUUAUUUGGUUACAAUGGUUUCUUAUAAAUAAAUAAUUUAUUUUCGAUAAAUGUGUGUUCCUCGAAAACUAUAAGAAAAUACACAACUAACAAGAGAAACAAAAAGGAAAAACAAAAAUUAUUUUAAAAUGUACACAAUUUAUUUGACGUAAAAAAAGAGAAAAACACAAGCAACAUAAAUAAUUGUAAAAAAUAAUUAUGAAAACCACAUUUUAUACGUGUACUAUUUAGAUGUAAACGCUUAUUAAAAACAUUAAUAACAAUUAAUUUGUAAGUUGUAGAUAAAACAGUAAUGCGCUGCAGGCAUUACAUUUAUUUCUAGUUGAUAAACAAACAACACACAACAAAAAAAAAAUAAUAA